UACAGAUGGAGUGGAUCCAUACGGGUCCAUACUGAUUUGUUAAUUUUUCAAAAUUAAAGUGGAAAAAAUGCCAACCCAUCACAAAAAAAAAUUGUUGGGCAAAGUAGAAAGAGUACAGAGUGACUUGUGGAAGGACGAAGAGCUCAAGGAACUUGUCGAGAUGGAAAAUACAUGUGUGCAUUUGGUGAGGACAAAAAAGCAGAUACCAAUGCGUCCUUUGCAGUGGGAAAAGGUUGACAGUAACAUAAAACUCUUGAUGGACUCGUUUUUGUACCGUUUUGAUAAAGAAUUGGGAGGAUGGUUGGUGGCCUAUAGGUCUAUUAGAGUUAUGAGUAGAUUCGGACUUGUCAUGUGGGAUGAAGUUAAGCAGUUCCAUCCACAAUUGGUAAAAAUUGAAAUUGAAGGUGAUUUCUAUGUUUUUAAACCAGAAGUUGGUAAACGUUUGACAGGCGUUAUCAAGAAAGUCCUUGCCUAUCAACUUGAAGUUGAGGCUCUGAAGGGUUUCAGAGUAACACUUCCAAAAUUUUUUGCUGAUACCGUUGAGUGGACAGGCAACAGAUUGAUCAAAGAUCACAUAAUAUCAUUUACUAUUGAUCAUAUUAAUACUCAUAUGAAUCCUUAUAUACGUGGAAUUGUGAUUAAAAGAAUGAUAAAUAGAUGAUGAAUUAAGUAUGGGUCACAAAGAGUCAUUGCAACAUUUUUGUAUUUGAUAUCUUGAGAAAAUUCAUCCCUUCUUGAGGUGUAAGUUGCAGAAGUAACAGUAAUCAGAAUAGCUACUUUGUUUACUUACUCUCUUGGGGGUUUUAUUAUCUGCACCUGGGGUUGUACAAAUCAUUGUGAUUUGGCACCAGCCAUUGCCUGUUGUUAAUGAUGAGAUAGGAUUUUUUAUUUGAUCAUCAUCUGAAAAAAGUAGAAUGCAACUAACAUAUCAAAUAGCAGAUAAAUGCUUUAAAGUUCUAUAAGUUGAGCAUUAUUGCAUAAUGCAAUACUAUUUGUUGUGGUCCUUUUUCUAAGAAUGGCCAAUAAUGUUGCCUUCAGGGGUAUUGGAGUUCUGGUGCAUAAAGCCUAUUGCACUAUUGAAUAUAAGUGGACUCAUAAUUGGAUUAAGGAGAAUAGAAAAUACAAAAAAAAAAUUUGUGAGCACAUAAUAAGUGAUUAUUAGUAGAGAAAAUUUAUUUUUAUUUACUAUAUGGGUCUAUUUAAUUGUAAAGUGAAAAAAUAUAACGGAUAAAAUUUAGAAAAAAAUCAAAAUUAAUCAGACAUCAGAAUACUUGCUCAGCGUCGAGGAAAAAUUCGGAAAAGAAUAUCAUUCGCGACAGCCUAAAAGAAUUUCUCAUUUUCGAGCACGAUAAAACAACUUUGUAAUGAAAAGCCACGAUUAAGUCUUAACAAAAUUUUCCUCAUAAAAAAUAUUAAAACGAAGGAACAUUAGUGAAUCUCCAC